AUGGCGUCGGACAGGGCGAAACCGAAGAAUGCCGUUUCCUCCGAAGAGAAUUCCUCAAAUCAUCCACAUGCUGAUACUGGUUUCUCUCGUCUUUUGCAUCAUCGUAGCCCUACCACAGGACACCAUGUCCGCGAUUCUUCGACGAAUUCUCUAGAUAGGAUAUUUGACACUCGUACCGAAACCCCUCAAGUCCCUCACCAUCCAGUUCUCCAGAGGUCUAUGACCUUGGAGGAUAAACAUUAUGCGAAUAAUUCUUACGGAGUCACUGAAUUGCGUGAUGGUUUCUUCGAUGCCAUCUUCCUCCCCCCCGAGGAAGUUGACCCCCAAGACCUCAUAAAGAAGGCUGAGCUGACCCUCCCAUAUGCCUUGCGGAAAAGGGACCCCCUAUCUGUGCGCAAUUUUUUACCCAAGCAGUGGCACGAUGUAAAAGGGGUCAUUCGUCGUGUCACUACUACGAGGGCUGGUAUAAGACUGCUCAAGUCAUUUCUUGCUUUCUUCAUAGCAUAUAUCCUAUGCCUCAUCCCUCGUGUUCAAGCUAGAUUAGGCCGUUACAGUUAUAUCAUAGUCAUAUCGACUAUACUCAACCAUCCUGCGAGGACCUUAGGAGCUCAGGUCGACGGGACUAUUCUAACAAUAAUAGGUACGGCGACUGGAUUAGGAUGGGGGGCGUUUGGGUUAUGGGUGUCUACCGCCACAGCAACAGCACGUGUUGGAUAUGGCGGUGUCCUCGCUGUCUUCCUUUUUAUAUAUAUUUUUGCUAUUGCUUGCCUUCGUUCAUACUAUAUUCGCACAUACCAAGCCAUUAUAUGUGCUGGGAUAUCCAUCUGUUACACAUGUCUAGCAGAGGUAUCGGGCAGCGAGGUCUCCUGGUCUAAGCUACUCGCUUAUGGCAUUCCUUGGGUUCUAGGGCAGGCUAUCUCUCUUGUUGUAUGCUGUAUAGUGGUCCCGGAUGCUGGUGCCCGUCCGCUAGCCGUAGCUCUCCAUCAAGCAUUUGCUGUCAUGCUGGAUGGUCUUGGGUUAACCCGACUAGAAAGCAUUAGGACGCGGCGAAGACUAUCACAAACAUUUGUAAGUAUUUCACAAGCGUAUAGGGAUCUCGUGAUCGAUUUUUCUAUUACACGUUUUGAUCCAAAAGACGUGUUGGCGCUUCGUAAUCUCAUCCAAGGCGUUAUUCGUGCGCUCCUCAGCUUGAAUGGCGAAACAAGGAUCCUUGACGAGUUAGAUGACUACUGUUCGGAUAGGUUAAGUCGAGAACGGCCUAUACUAGAUGAAUUCGUCUUAAAUAUGGGAGAAAAAUGCCACGACCCGGAAAGUGAGGAGCAAAAUAAGCUCGCUAAAUUUGUUGCUAGCAACUUAGCCGAGCCUACAAAAGAACUCCUUUUAUCUAUGGAGACCGCUUUACAAAGCUGCGAUGCGGUUUUGAUGGAGAUGUGCGGUCAUCGACAAUACCUCGGCCCUCCGAAGACCGUGUCGAGCGAUAUUCCGGGCUCCCUGGUAAAGCUGCGUAGGCGUAUCAUAGCUUUCAGCGAAUGUCAGGACAGUGUAUUAGCUAGCGGUAGGCUGCCCCCUACAUAUGCGAAGUCUCCAGAAGUCGUUAGACUCUUCACAUACUGCCGGCCUGUUCACCAAGCGGCAACAGCAAUUGAGGCGUUGCUAGUAAAAGUCAACGAGAUGCAGCAGAGGAGAUCGAAAUAUCCAAAGUUUCAUGGCCCGUCUUAUCCUUUCCGGAAGGCACUGCACCGCACAAAUGCCCAAGUUCGACAUGAUCGAGGUGGCUUAACAGCAGGUUCGUACUUUAGAAGCUUCAGCGACAUAGCGGCGAUCAUCCAAAAGAUUAAAUCAACAGACUUUCAGCCUUUACCGAGAGAGGACGAUGAUGACUCCAGUAAAGGCCACGAUACUUUGUAUGCUACAAUGACAGCCAGCGAGCCUGAGGAUGAAUGGAGUACGAAAAGCAAUCGUAUCCGACAGCAAAUCUGGAGGGUUCUUCAUCGACUACAGGGCUUUGAGACGCGUUUUGGGCUUAAAACUGCAGCGAUAACUUCGUUACUGUCCAUACCUGCUUGGAUCUCUCAGGCUCACGGGUGGUGGGAUGGCUUCGAAGUCUGGUGGGGAGUUGUAAUGGCUUGGCUUAUUAUGGGACCUCGUACUGGCGGUAACAUUCAGGACUUGGUAACGCGAGUGUUCUGUGCUGUCCUUGGCUCUCUUUGGGCGGGCCUAUCGUAUGCGGCCGGCGAUGGUAAUCCGUAUGUUAUGGCAGUGUUUGCUGUUAUCUUCAUGCUUCCCAUGAUUUACAGGUAUACACAAAGCACGCAUCCGAGAUCUGGGCUUGUAGGAUGCAUAUCGUUUACGGUCGUAUCUCUAGCAGAAGUCGCCGCCCAAGGCAAGCCCUCUACAGCUACAGUUGCUGCAACACACGGGGUCGCUAUGAUAGUUGGUGUCGUAGCCUCCAUUAUUGUUAAUUGGGUUCUAUGGCCGUUUGUUGCUCGUCACGAUCUUCGAAAGGCCACAGCUACUAUGAUGUUCUAUUGUAGCAUCGUGUAUAGGAGUAUCGUAUCGAGAUAUGUGUAUUAUGAAGAGGGGAAUGAACCUACCAAAGAAGAUAUACGAGCUUCUGAGAUACUCGAGGGACGUUUACGUGAAGGGUUUGUGAGAUUAAGGCAACUACUAGGCCUCACCCGUCAUGAGAUACGCCUACGAGCUCCUUUCGAUCCUUUGCCGUACUCUGCGCUCAUUGAUGCCUGUGAGCAAUUUUUUGAGUAUAUAGUCACGGCCCGUCAGGCAUCCUUAUUUUACCACCCACAUUUCAUCAGAGAUAAUACCGAGUUCGCUGCAGACUUGCUGGGCCACAGGCGAGACGCAGUCGCAACCAUUUUAACCAAUCUUUAUGUUCUUUCAGGUGCCCUUCUGGCAGACAGAAAAGUACCCAAAUACCUGCCGAGCGCCGCAGCUACACGGAAGCAGCUGUUGGACCGAAUGGGAGUUCUAGAGGCCGAGCUUGCGGCAAGCGGGAGACUUAGCGUCGAUGAAAAAUUAGAAGGGAGAAAAUGGGCUCAGAUAUACAGCUAUUCGUAUAAUGAGAGCUUGACGGGCUGCGUCGAGCAGCUGGAGGAACUUGAGAAGUAUACUAAGGCCAUUGUUGGCGAACAGGGGUGA